UUCACACAGUGGCGGAACUAUCCGGCGUUGUAGAAGAAACAACAUUUAUCAUCCAUUGCAAUAUUCAUGUGCUAUUAUUCUGAAGAAUGGUAUAGCUUAAACGCGAAUGUGUAAACAUUUACAUUCGUAGUAUGUGCAAUACGAAAUCGUGAUGGACUACGAGCUAAGAAGAUGAUUCGAAUUGGAAUUUAUAAUCAAAUGUGAACGUUUUUUCAUUGGUUAAGAAUUAAUUAAGCAUGUUGAACUAUCGGCUUCAUCGUUUGAGGAACUGUCUAUAUGUGGCAAUGGUCGUAUUGAUGAUACUUAUACUUUACUACCAGUUUAAGGUAACAAUGAUCCCGAUCCCGAUUACUGAAGCGGAACCGGAAAUACAGUGCCUUCCUGCGGACUUCCGGGACACGCAGUUCAUUGUCGGUGUUCAUCGAAACGCAUCGGUUUUUAUUCCGGAGGAUUUAUUAUUGAAAAAUCUCAGUAGAGAAGACCUUUCAGCCCUUUACCACAGAUAUUUGGAGAACGUGCAGUACAUGUGUCGCCGGAAGGUCCGCCUGGGUAACUAUGAUGAUGGAGGCUGGGACAUCUGUGACGACGCACACUUCCGGCCACCUAAGCCCUGCAUCAUCUACUCGUUCGGAAUAAACAACGACUUCAGCUUUGACGAUGCGGCAAUAAAACACUUCGGCUGCAGUGUGCAUUCAUUCGACCCGAGCAUGCACAUGGACGAUCACCAGCGGUCGGACAAGAACUACUUCCACUCCAUCGGCAUCUCGGACAAGGACGAGGCGAUCAAGGCCAGCACGGACGAGUGGCAACUUUUUACAUACAAAACCAUACGGCAGAAACUCCAACAUGCCAAUAAAACAAUAUCUAUAUUGAAAAUGGACGUAGAAUUAUAUGAAUGGAGAGUUCUUGCCGACAUCGUAAAGACUGUCAACAUGACGGGAACCAAUAACCUGGCAGUAGAGUUCCAUUUAACGCUGGAUGGCACAGAAGUAGAAUGGGAGCAAUACUACAGGGCCUUGACCGUCCUUAGACACCUCUACCAUCUAGGAUACCGGAUAUUCUGGACCCAUCAGAACCAUAACUGUGCCUUUGUGUCGGCAUGUAAAAUGGAACAGCGGUCAAACUGCCACGAGAUCAGCUUUGUUAAAGUGACUGAUCCAUUUUGACCAUCCCUGUGUACUGCAGAUUGAAGAAGUUAUUCAUGGUAUGAUUCAUUAGGCAUAUUAAUGUAAUAUUAAGCUUGGAACCAAGACUAUCAGUGCUCGUCUUGAAGAAAACACACACAGAUGGGGACAUAUUCUGACGUUGGUGCUGUUUCGAUUCCGCUGUACUUUGAAUGUUACAAAUCCGCUUUAUAUAUUAAAUAGGAUUUUUGACUUUUAAUAUUUAUUUUGUAGACAUGUUAGAUAUGUAUUUAUUUAUGCGCUUAUUUGUUUUGUUUUAUAGUUAAAUACACUUGAACAUUUACCAAUGGGAUGUUUAGUGUUUACUCUUCCCGUUGUCCAAGGUCAUGUUACGUGUUUAUGACUGUUAUGCCAGAUAAACUGACAAUUUUCAAUAUUAACAUUGUUUAUCAAGAUCGUUUGGAAUGUAAUAAAAUCACAAGUCCAUUA